CUAGCUUCUUCUAAGGGUCUACCUCCCUGAACUCACCUUACUGCCGGUUGUGCUACAAGAGCUCAGAGAUCACUAUGUUUCUAGGCUCAACCAGGAGAAAGCUCUAUUGCUGCUUUCUGCUCCUCUUCUUCGCUUCUCUCAUUGGCAAAUCGGCGGCGUCUCUGGGCGAUCACCUUCCUGAUUUCAAGGAAUGUGUUAAGGUCUGCAAGGCUGAAAAUUGUCACGAUGGCAACUCGGUGAUCCCUCUCCAUCUUCGUCUCAUGCUGUGGACGUGUCCUUCCGAGUGCGAUUAUACCUGCCAACAUGUCGUGACAGAUCGCCGUGUCGCUCGCGAUCCUCCGAUGUUAAAUCCAGUACUACAAUUUCACGGGAAAUGGCCGUUCCGCAGAAUCCUCGGCAUGCAGGAGCCCUUUUCUGUCCUUUUCUCCCUCCUCAACUUUCUCGCCCACUGGCACGGAAUGGGUAAGAUCCGAGAAACCAUUCCAUCGUGGCACUCACUCAAGCCGUAUUAUAUGGCUUUUGGAUAUUGUGGAUUAGCAUGCUGGACAUUCAGUGCCUUGUUUCACACACGAGACCUCCCAUUGACCGAAAAGCUGGAUUACUUUGGGGCUGGAGCUAACGUGAUGUAUGGCUUGUACCUUGCAAUCAUUCGGAUAUUCCGUCUAGAUGGAGAGGAGCCUCGCCAUAAGCCGACUUUGCGCCGUCUCUGGACAAUUAUCUGCAUAUUUCUUUACACUUUGCACGUCUGCUACCUGAGCUUCUGGUCUUGGGACUACACCUACAACAUGAUUGCCAAUAUCGUGAUAGGGAUGGCUCAGAAUAUCUUGUGGGUGUCAUUCAGCAUUUAUCGUUAUAGGAAAUAUGGUAAAGCUUGGAUGACCUGGCCCGCGUUAAUUGUGGUCUGGAUAAUCUUGGCGAUGAGCCUGGAGCUGCUUGACUUUCCCCCUUGGAAUGAGCUCAUUGACGCACAUAGCUUAUGGCAUCUUGGGACUGUGAUUCCCACCGCGUGGUGGUACUUUUUCCUUACCAAAGACAUCCAGAAUGAUGUGGCAGGGGAGAGACUCAAGCUCUAAGCUGGCUUGCGGGGACGACUUUACAUACAUGCUGCAGAAAGACUCGGCUCAGCUUGGUGCCAGUAGCAGUCAGGUUUUGAAUUGGUCCUGGUGAUCUCAAACAGUCUGAAUGAAAUGUAGUAAUAUUUGGUAGAAUGUUCAACGAUUUUAAGGCUGCU